AUGGGACAAAGACCAGUCUGGUUUGGAGAUUACGUCACUAUAGAUUCGUGGUCCGAUCUUUUCCUAAAAGAGGGUUUCGCUACUUACUUUGAAUAUCACUCUGCUGCUCAAGUUCACAAAGACUGGCAAUUGGAGAAACAAUUCGUUCUUGAACAAGUUCAAACCAUACUGGUAACUGAUUCUCGUAAGGAUUCAGAAGCCUUGUCUUACAACACGAGUGAUCUUGGUGAAAUCGAGAGCAGAUAUAAUGAUGUUUCUUACAGCAAAGGUAGUGCAGUCUUAAAAAUGUUGCAAAGCUUUCUUGGGCUCAAGAAUUUUAAGAAAGGACUUAAUAAAUACCUCACCGACCACGCUCAAAAUGUGGCCACCCCUGAUGAACUGUGGAGCUCUUUCGAAGACUUUAAACCAAAGGAUGUGCCCGACAAAUUGACGGUAGUCAUGGACAACUGGACAAAAAAAGCAGGAUAUCCCCUACUCUCGCUUACACAAAACGAAGCUAACAUAACCGUUACUCAACAACGAUUUUUGUUGUCUGAUGACGAUAGCGACUACACCAAAUGGUACGUCCCCAUUACCUACACCACAUCUGCGGACCCAUCUAAAUUUACAGAAACAACUACAAAACAGUGGUUAACACCAGAUACAAAUGUGACCAUAGUUCUCGACAAGAAGGAUAACUGGAUUAUCUUGAACAACCAACAAGUUGGCUACUACAGAGUUAACUACGACAAGACACUUCUGGCAAAAAUUAAAGAUGCUCUAAACUCUGAUGGCCAAGGCAAAAUAGACGAAAUCAGUCGAUCUCAACUGGUCGAUGACCAACUAAAUUUUGUCAGAGCAGGCAAGGCAGAAUACGCAGAUGUUUUGAAAUUUUUGGAAUUUAUGAAAAAUGAUAAUUCAUAUUAUACUUGGUAUUCUGCUUUCGAAGGAUUCAGUUAUCUGUUAAAGAGAACCAAUGACGAUAAAAUAAGGACUCCGUUAAAAAAAUACGUUAAGGACUUGAUGGAAAGUUUGCUAGUUUCCGUUCCUUUCACAACGGAAAAACCAACCGACCAAAUUUACACGCUCAAACAGGUUUUAGCUUUAAAGUGGGCUUGUAACCUGGGGGAAGAAAACUGUGUUAACAAUGCUACUGCAGCAUUUACUAGCUACACGACGGACGAUAAAAUACCGAGUCGAAACUUGAAAAGUAUUGUCUAUUGUACCGGUUUGAAAAACAGCAAAAACUCUACAAACGAUUACGAUUUUCUUUAUAAUAAAUAUCUCUCAACCGAUCUAGCUACCGAACAAGUGACAAUACUCGAAGCUCUAGGAUGUGUCAACAAUUCCACUAUCAGACAAGAGUACUUGAAAGUAGCACUGACUGACAAAGUGCGAAUCCAAAAUGUGGAUUUUGUGUUCAAAUCUGUGUAUUGUAAUAACGAGAAGGAAGGUGUUAAUGAUAUGUUGCACUUUAUACAAAACAACUAUCAAGACUUCGAAAAACACUUUGGAACUCAGUCCACUCUCACUACUUUGAUAUCCGAAGUUGGUGAUUGGAUUACAAAUCAGGAACAAAUUGAUACGUUGAACGAGUUCUUAAAAACGGAUGAGUUAAAUGCCAGUAUUAAAGAGGCUGUUAAGACAGCAGUAGCAUCGGCUACAACAAACUUGAACGAAAUCAGCACUUUGGAAGGAAAACUUAAAGAUUACUUUGGCCCAACCAGUGGUGCCUCGAUAAAUACCUACCACUUGCCGUCACAUAACGAAGAAGCAGAAAAUCAGGCGUAUACUGUUAGGAAGGAAUUUAAGAUACGAGUUGGAAAUGGUGAGCAGGACAUCAAAAUAAGAUACAUCAAUGGUAGUCCUAGAAUACUCGCAUAUUCAACAUAUUGUAAAUAG